CUGAUGGUCUUCUGCCUGGAGAUCCAGAGGCUAACGAUUCAUGCAGAGUGCCCCAUGCACCUGGAGGACUUCCCAAUGGAUGUGCAUGCUUGCCCACUGAAAUUUGGGAGCUAUGCCUACACAAAGACGGAAGUGAUCUACACCUGGACACUAGGGAAGGAUAAAUCAGUGGAAGUAGCGAAGGGUGGAUCUCGCCUGAACCAGUAUGACCUGCUCGGCCAUGUUGUUGGGACAGAAAUGGUUCGAUCCAGCACAGGGGAGUAUGUCGUCAUGACCACACACUUCCACCUCAAGAGGAAGAUCGGGUACUUUGUGAUCCAGACCUACCUACCCUGCAUUAUGACGGUCAUCUUGUCCCAGGUCUCCUUCUGGCUUAACAGGGAGUCCGUUCCUGCUAGAACGGUUUUUGGUGUCACCACCGUCCUCACCAUGACCACACUAAGCAUCAGCGCAAGAAACUCGUUACCUAAAGUGGCGUACGCGACGGCCAUGGACUGGUUCAUAGCCGUCUGUUACGCCUUUGUGUUUUCUGCGCUGAUUGAAUUUGCCACUGUCAACUACUUCACCAAGCGCAGCUGGGCUUGGGAUGGCAAAAAGGUGCUGGAGGCCCAAGAGAUGAAGGUCAGCCCUGUGGCCAAGAAAAAAGAGCCAGUGGCACUAGCGAAGAAAACCAACAACACCUACAACAUUGUUGGCACCACAUAUGCCCUCAACAUUGCCAAGGACCCCGGCCUGCCCACCAUCUCAAAGAGUGCUGCUGCCACUGCUACUGCCACCACCGUCCCCUCCAAGAUUCCCCGCAUAGAGGAGAAGCUCCCAGAGAGUAAGAAGACAUACAACAGCGUCAGCAAGGUAGACAAGAUGUCCCGCAUCAUCUUUCCAGUCCUCUUUGCCAUUUUCAACUUAGUCUACUGGGCCACGUACGUAAAUCGGGAGUCAGCUAUCAAGGGAAUGAUCCCCAAACAAUAAAACCGGUCACACAAACGUUCCAUCAGUAAGCACCAUCCAGGCAGGAAUUCUCCAGGGUUUUCUUCUUUCCUGUUUUAAUUAUUAUUGUUCAUUUGAUAUUAUUAGUAGUAGUAGUAUUAGAUCGUUCUUUUGUAAUGUAAACAAAACUGAGAUUUUAAUUUAAUCCCAUAUACUUUAGUUUCAUUUUACUUUGGUGACGAAAGGAAAAAAAAAGGAUCAUAA